UUUCGCGGUGGCAAAGGGCAGUGAUAAAAAGGCCCGGGGAUAAAAGGCUUUGGCGAAUCUAGAGCGACACUCAAGUGCUGACAGACGCGACCAUGGCUCGUUUUGUGUUGCUGCUCGCUGGGCUCAUCGCAUUGGCCAGCAUUUCUACAACCGAGGCCCAAGAAUCAGAGCAAUUGAAAAUUUUCAAUGAGAUGAACCAAAAGCUGAACCAACUGACGAAACUGGUCCACGAUCAGGUUGAAGUUUCCAACCAACGUCAAAAGCAGUUGGAGGACAUCCAAAAAGCUUUAAGAUGCGUAGGAGCUAGAGUGGGAGGCUUGACGCUGUUGUCAAAUGGGAAGUCGUACUCCUUCCACCAAGCCGGAAAAAGCUGGAGUUCUGCAAAUGAGACUUGCGUUAAGCAGGGACUGCAUUUGGCCACAAUCAGGGAUCGUGAAGAACUUUUAUUGGUGUUGGAAGAGGCUAACAAGGUCGACCGGUACACUGAAAAUUGGUGGGUUUCGGCGAAAAACGCUGCAACUGGAAGUGAACAGGACUUCCGCUGGCAAGACGGAACCCAGUUGGAAUCAAACAGCACGUUGUGGGGCAACGGCGAUCACGAGAACGAGGACUGCGUUCGUAUUCAUUAUUAUUUUAGUUCUUAUGACGCCAAGAGUUAUACCAGCGGAAAACUGUUCAGACAUCCAUGCACCGAAACAUCGUACUACAUUUGCGAGCUUCCAAGCGAAUGUUAAUUGCCCUAAGUUAGUUUCAACAAAAAUCUAAAGUAAUUUUUUUAAAUUUGUUUUGUUCUGCGGUUUCCCAUAAUAAAAAAUGGAAUUUUUGACUUGUUCCUUGACAAAAUUAUAUUUUCUAUGCAAAAAUGUGCACGUUUUGAUAAACUGGACAGGCAGCUAGGGGUCAUCUCUGUGGUCAGCAGAUAUUUGUUGUGACUGAUCUGUUAUUGAUAACAAAUAAAAAACUCGUUCAGA